ACAGAAACUCAAAUAUUGUUGAGCUGUUGUGUGUUUGUGUUUCUGUAUUCAGUAAAAUGGCAGAAGGAAGAAUUUCAGUGGAUCAGAAGGAGUUCAUGUGUUCAGUGUGUCUGGAUCUCCUGAAGGAUCCAGUGACUAUCCAGUGUGGACACAGUUACUGUAAGAUCUGUAUUACAGACUGCUGGGAUCAGGAGGAUGAGAAGAGCGUCUACAGCUGCCCUCAGUGCAGACAGACCUUCAGUCCAAGACCUGCUUUAGGGAAAAACACCAUUCUGGCUGAACUGGUGGAGAAACUGAAGAAGACUAAACUUCCUGCUGACUGUUACGCUGGAGCUGGAGACGUGGAGUGUGACGUCUGUACUGGAAGAAAACACAAAGCCGUCAAGUCCUGUCUGGUGUGUCAGGAGACUUACUGUCAAACUCAUUUUGACCGUCAUGAGGAAUUUCCCUCUCGUAAACCACACAAAGUGAUUGAUGCCACUGGACGACUGCAGGACAUGAUCUGCCGUAAACAUGAUAAAGAGCUAGAAAUGUUCUGUAUCACUGAUCAACAGUGCAUCUGUGUGUGGUGUAAAGAGAGUGAACAUAAAAACCACAACACUGUAUCAACUGCAGCACAGAGGACAGAGAAACAGAAACAGCUGAAGGAGACGCAGAUGAAGAUCCGUCAGAGAAUCCAGCAGAGACAGAAAGAUCUUCAUCAGCUGAGAGAGGCUGUGAAGUCUCAUAAGCGCUCUGCACACACAGCAGUGGAGGACAGUGAGAAGAUCUUCACUGAGAUCAUCCGCUCCAUUGAGAGAAGCCGCUCUGAGGCGACACAGCGGAUCAGAGAUCAGGAAAAGACUGCAGUGAGUCGAGCUGAAGGACGACUGGAGCGACUGGAGCAGGAGAUCAAUGAUCUGAGGAGGAGAGACGCUGAGCUGGAGCAGCUUUCACACACACAAGAUCACAUCCAGUUCCUGCAGAGUUUCCAGUCUCUCUCAGCUCCUCCUGAAUCUACAGACAAACCCGACGUUCCCUUCGGUUCUCUCUCCUCUUUUGAUGGCGUGAGAGAAUCUGUCCGUCAGCUGAGAGACAAACUGGAGGAUUUCUGCAAAGAGGAGAUCAAGAAGAUCUCAGACGGAGUCACUUUCACCAACAUGAAUCCCAAGACCAGGAACGACUUCCUACAAUAUUCCCAUCAGCUCACUCUGGAUCUGAACACAGUGAAUAAACACAUCAGUCUGUCUGAGAGGAACAGAGUUAUUACUCGCAAUGACACAGAGCAGCCGUAUCCUGAUCAUCCAGACAGAUUUGAUGUGUAUCCCCAGGUGUUGUGUAGAGAGAGUGUGUGUGGACGCUGUUACUGGGAGAUUCAGUGGACUGGGAAUGGUGUGUUUAUAUCAGUGUCAUAUAAGAGCAUCAGCAGGAAGGGAGAGGGUUAUGAGUGUGUGUUUGGAAAUAAUGAUCAGUCCUGGAGUUUGUUCUGCUCUUCCUCCAGAUACACAUUCAGACACAAUAAGAUACACACUCCUCUCCCUGUAAAGUCCUUCAGCGGAAGAAUAGGAGUGUGUGUGGAUCACAGUGCAGGAACUCUGUCCUUCUACAGCGUCUCUGACACAAUGAGCCUCAUCCACACAGUCCAGACCACAUUCACUCAGCCGCUCUAUCCUGGAUUUCUGGUUUAUUCUGGAUCAUCAGUGAAACUGUCAUCUCUCCUCAGCACCGAAUCCCUCCCAGUCCACGAGGUAUUCCAAGCGGCCGCCCCGUCGUCGGGAGUCGAGGAUUUCAUGGACUCGGUAGAUGUUGUCAUCCUCUGGAUCCGCAGGAGGAGGGGGCACCUCCGCAGCACCAGACCCUGGGGAAGAAGGAGUGAGAGGGUUAGUGUACGGCUUGAGCAAGGAGACAUGGAAGGGCUGUCGGAGACGGAUGUCCCGGGUGGAGAGCCAGACCAGUUGUCCAGGAAGAUAGUGAGGGGCGUCGGUGCGGCGACGGUUGGCCUGGUUCUGGUGUCUCCGAACAGCCCGCUGGAGCGCUCUGCACACACAGCAGUGGAGACAGUGAGAAGAUCUUCACUGAGAUCAUCCGCUCCAUUGAGAGAAGGCCGCUCUGAGGCGACACAGCGGAUCAGAGAUCAGGAAAAGACUGCAGUGAGUCGAGCUGAAGGACGACUGGAGCGACUGGAGCAGGAGAUCAAUGAUCUGAGGAGGAGAGACGCUGAGCUGGAGCAGCUUUCACACACACAAGAUCACAUCCAGUUCCUGCAGAGUUUCCAGUCUCUCUCAGCUCCUCCUGAAUCUACAGACGAACCCGACGUUCCCUUCGGUUCUCUCUCCUCUUUUGAUGGCGUGAGAGAAUCUGUCCGUCAGCUGAGAGACAAACUGGAGGAUUUCUGCAAAGAGGAGAUCAAGAAGAUCUCAGACGGAGUCACUUUCACCAACAUGAAUCCCAAGACCAGGAACGACUUCCUACAAUAUUCCCAUCAGCUCACUCUGGAUCUGAACACAGUGCAUAAUUACAUCAGUCUGUCUGAGAGGAACAGAGUUAUUACUCACACUUACACAGAGCAGCCGUAUCCUGAUCAUCCAGACAGAUUUGAUUAUUAUCUUCAGGUGUUGUGUAGAGAGAGUGUGUGUGGACGCUGUUACUGGGAGAUUGAGUGGACUGGAGAUGAUGUUGAUAUAUCAGUGUCAUAUAAGAGCAUCAGCAGGAAGGGAUGGGGUCAUGAGUGUCUGUUUGGAUGUAAUGAUCAGUCCUGGAGUUUGUUCUGCUCUUCCUCCAGUUACACAUUCAGACACAAUAACAUAUACACUCCUCUCCCUGUAAAGUCCAUCAGCAGAAGAAUAGGAGUGUGUGUGGAUCACAGUGCAGGAACUCUGUCCUUCUACAGCGUCUCUGACACAAUGAGCCUCAUCCACACAGUCAAGACCACAUUCACUCAGCCGCUCUAUCCUGGGUUUGGGGUUGACUCUGGAUCAUCAGUGAAACUGUGUUGAUGUUUCAGAACAGAUAUAGAGAGAAUUUACCCAUAAUACUUUGAGCCGCACGAUAAACCAGUAACAGUGAGAUGUUAUAGAGACUCUUAUUUCCUCUUCAUUACAUUAAUACUGAUGAUCUUCACUGAAAUAAAACAGAAUAAAUGUGUGUAUCA